AUGGCAAGAACAAAGAAAAAAAGAAAGCCAAAAAUCAACUCUAAAUAUAAUAGCGAUUAUGAGGACAGCUCUUCAGAGGAGCUACCUCUUGUUCCGCCACCAAAUCCCAAAAACAAGCCUGAGUCCAUUAGAAAUCCUGUGAAUCCUGUGAAAACAAUAAUUACUUACCUAGUUUGUAUUUUACCUUUUAUUCAGGAAAUUCAUCAACUUAUGGGCUACACUGUAGAAAAGGAGAUCGCCAUUAUCACUGAGAAUUCUCAGUUACUGAACUAUGAUGUAGACAUUCAAAAAAAAAAGGUUGCACCGGUCAAGUUUGCCAGGGAUCCUGGACCUGAAGCAGAGACGAAUUCUGAGGUUAUGGUUUUGAGUCCUUCAACCAGUUCAGAGACAUUUUUGUGCAAUGGUUGCAAAAAGACCAAAGAUCUGCUUCCAAAACUGAUGGAAAAAUUAGAAAUGAUUGCUGAUGAUGUUAAAUAUUUACUUCUUUGUCAAGCGGUAAACAAAGGAGAUUACAGUCUCAGUAAACCAUUUAUGUCGUGCAAGACAAAAGAAGAAUUGGUUAAGUUAGAGGAGUCGUUGGAUGAUGAGGGGGUUUUUCAGUCAACAUGUGUUGUUUUUCAAGCGGUGGGCGGAAAGGACAUCAUAGAUACUACACGAAGGAUAUUAUCAAAACUAUUAUCGGCUGAACUUGCCAAUCAAUACAAUUGGACAGGGAGAAACUCGAAGCAACAGUUCUCAAAAUUUCAUAAUAUCCUGAAAAUUUUACUUGCAGCUGUAAGAAGAAACCCGCUAUCCAGAAACGCAACCGCUAAGGACAUCGAGCAGGUGACAAAACAUUAUCUCAGAAAUUCCUUUGACCGAGGCUUGAACAGGGGAAUUCGCUCAGAAAAUUUAGAUAUUUAA